UGGUGGCCAUAAAGAAAAUGAAAAGAAAAUUUUACUCCUGGGAAGAAUGCAUGAACCUUCGUGAAGUCAAGACGGGGGGGAGGAGCUAGCUCUCGGCGCUGGGGGGCGGUGGCAGCGGCGGCGGAUCCCAACGAUGGCGGAGAGGACGACUGCGCUGGACAGCAGCGAGCCGCCACUGUCCGUGUAACUUCCUGUGAGGUCGACCAGCCAACCUCCGAUGGGGGGGCUGAUGAGUUAGGGGAUGGCGUGCAGGAAGUAGACCACGCCCAGCGCCGAGGACAGGUACCGCGCUCCCACCACAUCUGCCGUCACCACGGGGAUGAGCGCCGUCAAAGUAACCGUAGACGACUGCGAAGGGCACGAGGAGCGUGAAGGAGCGUGAAGGAGCGGAGCAGCGGCGCGAGGACGCAGCAGAGGCCUUCAGACACCUCCGGUCCGUCAGCCAGCCAAAGGUGAUGUUCCCCACGAUAUCCAGGACCCCCAGGAUGGACAUGAGGAAGGCGGCAUGCUGGUGGCGGACCCCGACGCUCAGCGCAUACGGCACCAGGUAGAUGAAUGGGAGGCUGCAGCCGCUGGCCAGGAACAGGAAGGACACGGCCAGGACCAGGAAGUCCGGCAGCAGCAGGAAGCGGAACUCCUGACCGGACAAGAAGCAGGAGCUGAAGCCCCGCCUGCUCUGGGCCUGAGGGGCGGGGCUUCCCGGCAUCGUAGCCUGGGGCGCCACCGGCUCGAGGCAGCCGUCCCAUUCUUUGGGGAGUUUGACGGCGAGCUCGGCGUCCCGGGUCAAGAGGAGACCAGGUUUCUCCUCCUCCACUGUCUCCGCCUCCUCCCCCACUGACUCCUCCUCCUCACUGUCCCGCCACCCGAUUGGUCGGAGCAGUGCCCCGCAGACGCACAGGUUGGCGACGAAGGCGCUGAGGACGAGCAGCGCGCCCCUCCACGAGUACGACUCGAUGAGCAGCUGCACCACCGGCACCGGGAACAGCGUCCCGAUGCCACUGCCGGACAUGGCGACGCCGUACGCCAGAGCCCUGCGGCACCGGAAGUAACGGCCCACCAUGGCGAUGGACGGGGUGUAGCAGAGGGCGAAGCCCAGACCUGUCAGGACCCCCAUGGUGAGGUACAGCAGCUCCAGACUGGUGCUGAAGGAGCUCAGCAGGAGUCCAAAGGAUGACAAGAGUCCCCCGAGCAUCACCGCCACCCGGCAAGACCAGCGGUUCCCCACCAGGCUGCCGAUAGGAGCACAGAGCAUGGUGGUGCAGUCCACCAGGCUGUGGAUCCACGACGUCAUUGCGUUGUCGGCUCCGAAGUGAGUCUGAAACUCCACGAAGAAGAUGGAGAUGCACCUCGUCACUGCUCAUGUGCAGACUGUCACCAUGAAGCAGCACCCUAUGAUCACCCAGCUCCACCCUCCUCCGUCCAGAGGCGACUCCACGCCACUUCGCCACUUCCCAUCAACCAUUGACGCAGUAGUCCUGGUCCCGGUCCUGGUUGCUGGACCCUCAUCUUCCUCACCAGUUUGCUCCAGUUCUCUGACAGCUGCUUGUGGCUGGAAUUCCUCUGCCUUUGCUCUCAGCUGGCUCCUAAUGUGUUGAAGUGGUUUGGCUGGUCGUGUGGUGAUGAAUCUCCAGUUACUUUCAUCCUCCGCGCUACUGUCAGAGUUUCUGUCCUUCUGUUUUUGCUGGCUUUGCUGGCUUUUCUUCGUUAUACAUGUGUUGACUUCCUCUUUUCCAUUUUCUUUUUCUCUUGUUUAUCCUCUUCCACAGGCAGAAAGUCACAGGGCAGUAACAGAUUUAUGUGCAGUACUCUGGUCCUUCCUGGGCCUCUCUCAGGCUGUACAACGUAGACAGGACUGUCCUUAUGUUUUCUCUCGGUUAUCACAUGGAUUUUCUCUUCCCAAUAUGAUCUGAGUUUUCCAGGUCCUCCUCUGUCCUUGAAGUUCCGCACCAGUACUCUACACCCUGGCUGUAGCUCCACUCCAUGAGCUUUUUGGUCAUACUGCUUCUUAGCUCUACUUUUUUCCCUCUGGACUGUCUGUGUUGCUAGCCUGUAUGCCUCCUGCAUCCACCUUCUCCACUUACUUGCAUAUUCAAUGUGAGAAGCACCCUGAUCAGUUGGUGUCAGUCUGUGGUUCCUGCCAUAGAAAAGGUAGUAUGGUGCAUAUCCUGUUGCUUCAAAGUUCUUCCAAUCUGACUUUGCAGCUUCUGUCAGAUUUCUGAGCAUAGAAAGGCGUGUUCGAUUAAAUCUCUCCACCACGUUUCCAGCUGGAUGGUAGGGUGUUGUGCGUGAACCUUGGAUGCCACAGUAUUCUUCGAGCUUGGAAAACAGUUUAUUCUCAAAUUCCCUGACCUGGUCAUAAUGCAACUUGGCAGGAAAUCCAAACUUGAGCACAAAAUCGCCAAAUAUCUUUUCAGCUGCAUUUUUUGCCGACUUGUUGAUACAUGCGUAAGCCUGCGCGAAGCGCGUGAAGUGAUCCAUCACAACUAGGAUAUACUCAUAUCCUCCCUUACAGCUUUCCAGAAGCAGUCCUUAAAGAAACUCAACCAUGCCAAUGUAAUCAAACUUAAGGAGGUAAUUCGAGAAAAUGAUCACUUGUACUUCGUAUUUGAGUACAUGAAGGAAAAUCUAUAUCAGCUUAUGAAAGACAGGACUCGAUUGUUUCCUGAAUCUGCUGUAAGAAAUAUUAUGUUCCAGAUAUUACAGGGGCUCACGUUCAUUCAUAAACAUGGUUUUUUUCACAGGGACAUGAAACCUGAGAAUCUUCUGUGCAUGGGCCCAGAGCUGGUGAAAAUAGCUGACUUUGGGCUUGCCCGUGAAAUCAGAUCUCGACCACCAUACACAGACUAUGUCUCAACGAGAUGGUACAGAGCCCCAGAGGUGCUCCUCAGAUCCACCUCCUACAGUUCACCCAUAGACCAGUGGGCAGUUGGCUGCAUCAUGGCAGAGCUUUAUACCCUCAGGCCUCUUUUCCCAGGCUCCAGUGAAGUAGACACCAUAUUCAAAGUGUGCCAAGUCCUGGGUACGCCAAAGAAGAAUGAUUGGCUGGAGGGAUAUCAUCUGGCAAGUGCCAUGAAUUUCCGUUGGCCUCAGUGUGUUCCCAGUAAUCUAAAGACACUGAUCCCAAAUGCCAGUCCUGAAGCCAUUCAUCUGAUGACAGAUCUGCUCCAGUGGGAUCCCAAGAAGAGACCAGCUUCGGCCCAGGCUCUCAGGUACUCUUACUUCCACGUGGGCCAGGCGUUGGGCACUCCACAACAGAUCCUGGAGCAGGGCAGACCUCAGCCAGGCCUUGUGCCGCUGCAGGCUCCUUUCCAGUCACAGCAGACGCUGCCGCAGCAGCCACUGCUGCUUAAGCCUGUGCCCCCCUCCCAGCCUCCACCUCCAAACCAACACUGCUCCCCCUCCAGGCCUCUCCAGCAGAUCCAGCCUUCCCCUGUGUCUGCAGCUGCACAGGCGGCAUCGUACCAACGGCACACAGAGCUGGUGCGAGAGCAGCAGUCGAAGCACAUCCUGAAGCAGGAACAGGCCGGAGGAACACCACAAAGCCAUCUUCCUUACAUUGUUGACAAGAGUCUGCAGAGCAAGCAAACAAGAAAGGAGACAGAGAAAGCAAACCUACUGAGCUAUCAGUUGAAACCUAAAGGGGGGCGGCAGCGCUGGGGCCACGGCACAGGACACCCGAAGGGUGAAGACUGGGACGACGACGAAGAAACGGAUCUGACAUCCAUAAGUAUUCUUGGAAAAAGUAACUUCUCCACAGAGAAGUCGAGGCAGGGGGAGGACACGCUGAGCAGAUAUGGAAAUGUUCUGGAUUUCAGUCGACCCAAUGGAAAAGAAGAUUCACCUUUAAACCUGAACAAGAGUACAGCCUACCAGGAGCCACCGAGAACCGCGUCUGCCAAACAACAUUACUUGAGGCAGUCAAGAUAUUUACCUGGCAUUAGCACAAAGAAGAACGUGGCCAUGAAUGCCAGUAAAGACGUCACUGGAAGCCAUCAUUGGGGCACCAGCAGUAUUCCAUUUGGAGGGACUCUGCCGAGCAGAGGCACUCACGGUGCAAACACAAUCCCGGGUGGAUACAUGCCAUCGUUUUACAAAAAAGACAUUGGUUCAGCCGAUCACAGAAGGCAUCAGAGUCCUUCGGCGGAAUCGACAGCAUCAAAUUAUGCAACAUGGCAGUCAGGCCGGAGUCUGAUGAACACCUCUACCAACAUGCCAAUGACCAACAAGAGCACCCCGGGUCUGCUGCCCCACCCACCGGUCCAGUCCAUCCACGGGCGAACAGACUGGUCUGCCAAAUAUGGACACCGCUAGUGCCGGCCUGGAGCUCUGACCUCUGCUAAGACUUUCACCUCCAAAGAGUAGGCCUAGUUGUUUUAUAAUCUAAAUCUGUGCAUACAUCUUACAGAGCAAUAAUUUUGUUUUUCAUUAUGUGUACUAUGGAUGUUGUGAGUUGUAAAAUAUCUAAGUGUAUAUUUAAAUGCAACCGGCCAAAAUGUUAGCCCAGAUUUGCUCCCCUGUGUUUUUAUUUUGUAUUUCUGUAACAAACCUACAGAGGUUACAACCUCAGUUUUGUAUCAUAUUUGUAAUUGAAUGUUCACCAGCCUGUUUACAUAAUAUGCAUAUUAGAAUUUUAUGAAAACUUCACUGACUUGUUUUUGCUACAACUAAUUACUUUAAUGUUUUUUUUACAUUGCUGCCGUUUUUGUUUGCCUUGUAAUCGGGUAACUAUUUGUGGGCAUUAUAAUGAAUACAAUGCAAGUGGUUGCGACUCUGCUCAAAUCUGUUCUAGUUUCUAAAGUAUAAUUAUCCAAGUUAAAACAAGCUACCCCGCUUGGCCAAAGUGAGUGUGAUUAUUGAAUUGCCAGUUGUUGAGUAUAAUUAAACCUUUUGACUGGGUA